GUUCAUUUUAUUUUUCAGAUUAUUGAGAGAGUUUUAAUUUUACUUGGUGGGUUUUGGAAAUUAAAUGGAUCAACCAUUUUUUCUGAAUUUUGACAAGAGUGAGUCAAAUUUACCACCUGGGUUUAGGUUUCAUCCUACUGAUGAAGAACUCAUUUCUUACUACUUGCUUAAGAAGGUUCUUGAUGGAAAUUUCACUGGUAGAGCUAUUGCUGAAGUUGAUCUUAACAAGUGCGAGCCUUGGGAACUUCCUGAGAAGGCAAAGAUGGGUGAGAAGGAGUGGUACUUCUUUAGCUUAAGAGACCGGAAGUAUCCUACGGGGUUACGGACUAACCGGGCAACCGAAGCGGGUUACUGGAAGGCAACCGGGAAAGACCGGGAAAUAUACAGCUCGAAAACAAGUGCAUUGGUCGGAAUGAAGAAGACUUUGGUGUUUUACCGGGGAAGAGCUCCUAAGGGUGAAAAAAGCAACUGGGUGAUGCAUGAGUACCGCCUCGAAGGCAAAUUUUCCUACCACUACCUCUCCCGUACCUCUAAGGAUGAAUGGGUGAUCUCAAGGGUGUUUCAAAAGACAACCACCGGAAUCGUCUCAACAAUUAACACCAGCACCACCAUCACUGGAGGCGGAAAGAAAACUCCAAGUGAUGGAAUCAUGAGUGGGCUCUAUAACUAUAACAACAAUGAUGUAUGUAGCUCGCCCUCCUCGGCGUCUAUCUCCGCCUCUCAUCAGCUUCCACCACUCCUGGACUCCUCCCCUUACCGAGGAGCCAUGAAUGAGGUUUGCUCCUACGACGAUGGGAGUGAGUCCAACAACAAUCCUAUCAAGAAAGAGCACGUGUCCUGUUUCUCCAACAACAACAACAAUAUUAAUAUAAAUAACAAUAAUAAUAAUACCAGUAAUAUGAGCAACUUCAACCCCUUUGAGCUCACUUUUACAACUCCACUACCAAUGACUUCAACUUCCAUGAUGACCAACACAAUGCCUAGGGGCAGCACAUUCAAUGGAUUGCCCGUUUUCCCUAGCUUGAGGUCUCUCCAGGAUAACCUCCACCUCCCGUGGAUCGGUGGUGCACCACCUAUUCAAAGUGGAGGUAAUGGUGGUUGUGAGUUGGAUGUCAUGAUGGGAAGUAGUAAUGCCACUUCCACUUGGGGUAGUGGCAGUGGUAAUGGGUAUGGGUAUGGGUAUGAUCACAACCAUUGCAAUAUUAGCGGUGGGGGUAGCGGUAGCGGUAGCGGUGGUGGAGGAAGGAUGGGUUGGGGUGGCGGUGGUGGUAGUAGUGAGCUAGACUGCAUGUGGAGCUACUGAUAGAAAAUGACAAGGCUGUACUGCAUUAUAUCAGUCUGCAUGGCCGGUGGUUUUUCUUGCUUGUCUGAGUGGGUUUGACUUUUGGGACUUUAUCUAUCUUUUGUGUGUUAAUCAGAGUUUUAUGUAGUAUAGGGUUAUGGUAUGCUAUAUCUAGGUGUUGCAUGUUUGCUACAACUAUUUUGUUUGUUUGAGUUUGAUUAAUUAUUGUUAUUUGUGUAAUAAUUAAUUUAAUAGGAAUAUAUAUUUUCCUUUUAUUAGGAAAAUAUAAACCUUGUCUCUAGCUAGUGUGCUACGGAGUACUUGAUUAAUUGUUGUAUGAUUGUGUCAUGUACUUUGUGUAAUAUUCGUUUUGUUGUUAGCUUUGUACACCAUAUUCGUUUUGUUGUUAAA